AUGUGUGUCAGACCUUUUGACAUUGACAGCAUUUAUCUGAUUAUAAUAACCGUCUUCAUUUUCGCCAUCGUGACAUGGAACAUCCUGGACAACACCUUCAGACUUCAAAAUCAGAUAGGCCACUGCAUAGAGGAAUUCUCUUCAAGCGAUCAUGGUUUACAGUUCCAGAAAGGCAUCCGAUGGUUCCUGCGACUACUCGCUAUCGCUGUUGCAUUGUGGGUAAUUAUUGAUGUAGGAAUCAGACGACCUGCGAACCUUAUAUCAUUGGCGGGCAUCGCUUUUUACGUUUUACUCUUCUUCAUCUUCUCUAUCGAUCGAUCAAAGAUCAAAUGGCAUACUGUGUUCUGGGGUUUAAUGCUGCAGAUGAUUAUCGCCAUAUUUAUUAUCAAAACCAAAGAAGGUUUUACGCUAUUUUAUUGGAUUGGCGAGAGAGUGACAGAUUUCUUGAGACACAGUGACGUCGGUUCCAAAUUCGUUUUUGGCGAUGCCUACACUGCACAUCCGUUCGUCUUUAUUGUAAUGCCAAUGAUCGUAUUUUUUAGCUCUGUCAUGUCGAUCCUUUAUUACUGGGGUGUCAUGCAGAGUGUGGUCCGUGUUUUUGGUCGAUUCCUUGCUUUCACCAUGGACACUACCCCUGCUGAAUCAAUUAGUGCUGCCAGCAACAUCUUUAUUGGAAUGACUGAAGCCCCUUUGAUUGUAAAACCCUUCAUUACUGAAAUGACAUUGUCUGAAUUGCACGCUGUGAUGACUGGCGGCUUUGCAACCAUUGCCGGCUCCCUCUUAGGAUUGUACAUCAGCUACGGGGUGAAAGCUCAACAUAUCAUAUCGGCCUCUGUAAUGUCAGCUCCUGCCGCCCUCGCGAUGUCCAAGUUGGUCUAUCCAGAAACUGAAGUUUCAAAAGGAAAUUCCAAAGAUUACAACAAACUUGAUAUAGGCCAUCAGAAGAACACGAUCGAUGCCGCAUCCAAUGGAGCCAGCCAAUCGAUCAAACUCAUUGCCAAUAUUUGCGUCAACCUCAUCGCCUUCCUUUCCAUUCUCUCAUUCACCAAUGCGGCCUUAACCUGGUUCGGAGAAAGAGUCAACAUUGAAAAGCUUACAUUUGAGAAAAUCUGUUCUUAUCUUCUCUACCCUCUUGCGUUCCUCAUGGGCGCCGCGAAGGACGACUGUUUGCAAGUCGCUGAGCUCCUCGGAUUGAAAACCUUCUUGAAUGAAAUGAUCGCUUACCAAAAAUUGUCACAAUUCAUUAGCAACAGAAAAGCAUUUGAAAAUUACACAAGCUACUUCAACAGUUCAGACAGCUGGACAUACAUUUCAAAUGAUGUUUACCUCAACCACACACAUGAAACAUUGUUGGGUGGAUUUAUGUCCGAACGAUCGGAAAUCAUUUCAACAUAUGCCUUGUGUGGAUUCGCCAAUAUUGGAUCAAUUGGAAUCAUGAUUGGUGGAUUGACCAUUCUGGCACCACAGAGACGCAAUGAUUUGGCAGGAAUGGUGGUGCGUGCCAUGAUCGCUGGCAAUGUGGCCUGCUUUCUCACAGCUUGUAUUUCAGGCUUAAUGAUCGAAUACUCCUAG